AGCUGAUUUCGCCGCACUUCACAACAUUGCGCCGCUGCUCGUUUGUGGCCCACUCUCCGCGGGAUCCGUGCGCUAUUUACGUAAUCCGGCGACUCGGAGGCACCGAGACGAGGCCGCCAGUGAAUCACCCACGCGAGCGCUCAGCAAACCAGUAUUUCCCCGGCGGCGAUGUCGCGAUCCGCCCAAGAAGCGGCGGCGCUGCUGCGGGGACUGCGCAUUCUGGUGGAGGCGUGUGGGCGCGAGCAGCUCGCCCACGGCCGCCAUCUGUGGAGCAACUCGAGCAUUCGCGAGCUGCUCGCCGAGAAUGCCGCGCACACCUCGCAGCUGGUCAGGAACUGCGGCAAAAACCCCGCCGAGGAGCUGAAGAGACUGCAGCAAUCCCUGCAAGAAACCGGCGAACGCGGCUACGUGGUGGCCAAGGGCAUCUGCUCGCUGCUGGAGACUAGAAUCAAGGGUGCCCGCGAGGAGCCCAGCACCGCGGAAGCUCCUUCAACCGCCAGUGCUGCCAGGAAACCCGCAGCCACAGGGCAAAAUCCAGUCAACUGGGACGCGGCCAACCUGGACAUAUCCUCCAUCACGCUGCAGGAGUUCGAGGAGAUACUCUCGCGCAGGAACAAGGAUCGCAGCGUGAGCCUGCGCACCGCCGCCACCAGGAGCAGCCAAAGUAUGUCGCAGAAGGGGAAGGCUGACCAGGUGGACCCAGGCAUCAUCACCCAGGACACGGAGUAUGUGAACAAUGUGCUGCGCUUUGUGGCGGGGGCCAAGGCGCAGGACGAGCCGGACACGGAGGUCAGGCAGAGGUCGCCGCAGCCGGGCAUAGACGUGCCGGAGCUGAGCAAAGUGGCCAAGCAGCGCAAGGUGCCCUCGUCGCGCAUCGGCCGCAUGGCCUCCUUUGGCGGCCUCUUCGCCGGCCUGGGCCUGGGCACGCUCAACGAGCUGACCAAGGGCGCCCUGGGCCUGGGCGGCUCCACCAGCAUGCGCGAGGCCCUGCUCAGUCCCGCCAAUGCGGAGCGCAUCGUGGACACGCUGUGCAAGGUGCGCGGCGCUGCCCUGAAGAUCGGCCAGAUACUGAGCAUCCAGGACUCGAGCGUGGUGUCGCCGCAGCUGGCCAAGGCGUUCGAGCGCGUGCGCCAGGCGGCCGACUACAUGCCCGACUGGCAGGUGGAGCGGGUGAUGAACACCCAGCUGGGCGCCGACUGGCGCCAGCGGCUGAGCAGCUUCGAGGAGAAGCCCUUUGCGGCCGCCUCCAUUGGCCAGGUGCACCGGGCCACCCUGAGCGAUGGCAUGCAGGUGGCCAUCAAGAUCCAGUACCCGGGCGUGGCGCAGAGCAUCGAGAGCGACAUCGACAACCUGGUGGGCAUGCUCAAGGUGUGGGACGUCUUUCCGCAGGGCUUCUUCAUCGACAACGUGGUGCGCGUGGCCAAGCGCGAGCUGCAGUGGGAGGUGGACUACGAUCGCGAGGCGGAGUACACGGAGAAGUUCCGCGAGAUGAUCGCCCCCUAUCCGGAGUACUAUGUGCCGCGCGUGGUGCGCGACCUGACCACCUCCAGUGUGCUGACCACCGAGCUGGUGCCCGGCGUGCCCCUGGACAAGUGCUUCGACUUGAGCUACGAGCACCGCGCCCACAUAGCCGCCUCCGUGCUGAAGCUCUGCCUGCGCGAGCUCUUCGAGAUCGAGUGCAUGCAGACGGACCCCAACUGGUCCAACUUCCUGUACGACGCGCCCAGUCGCCGGCUCAUGCUGAUCGACUUCGGCUCGACGCGCUUCUACCGGCACGAGUUCAUCCGCAACUACCGGCAGGUGAUCAUGAGCGCCGCCGAGAACAACCGCCAGGGCGUGCUGGAGAUGUCCCGCGAGAUGGGCUUCCUCACCGGCUACGAGACCAGGCAGAUGGAGCAGGCCCACGUGGACGCCGUGAUGAUACUGGGCGAGAUCUUCCGCUACGACGGCGACUUCGACUUCGGCAGGCAGAACACCACGGAGCGGCUGGCCGCCCUGGUGCCCACCAUGGUGGCGCACCGCCUGUGCCCGCCGCCCGAGGAGAUCUACUCCAUCCACCGCAAGCUCUCGGGCAUUUUCCUGCUGUGCGCGCGGCUCAACGUGCGCAUGAACUGCGUGCCCUUCUACAAGGACAUCGUGCUGGGCAAGUUCAAGGACUAGGAGGAGGAGCCCUCCUUGUGCCAGUGGUCACACUUAAGUGCGCUUAGUUUGGAAGGCGGCUUGCAGAUGUUCCUGGAUGGCGACUCCUUGUCUGGACAGGAUCCGUGGCAUCCGUAUCCACCUGGAAUAACACUUUAACACGUAGCUCUGUAGUCAGGGAUGCCGACUUAUGUUUAAUCUUUUUUUUGCAAAAUGGUACAAUAAAUCUAUUAACAAAAA